ACAUUGCCCGAGCCUUUUAGCUUUUCUGGCUCACACACAACUUCCUUUCCUUUUUUAUAUGGAAAUCAGGGAAGAGGGUAGUGUAUAUUAGUAUAUUAGCAUUUCUAGCAGAUUUUUAACUGCCACUGAUGCCCGUUCAUCUUUGCAGUGUGGGUUUUCAUGCUGACAAAUCCUCUGCUUUGCCUUCUGCUCAGAGUCAGGUGGGCCCUUUAUUGAACAGAUUUAUCUGCUACAAGGCUACGCAGAAGGAUGGAAAGGAGGAACACAGGGGGGGAAAAAAAAAUAGAUGAAAGGCCAUGCAUUGAUCACCUGAUGUACUCCAGAGACAAACAUGGCUAUUACAGGUAACAUGGAGCAGCCCUUCUGGCCUUUUCAGUUGUAUUCAGAGAGAUGUUUGCCUGCUGUGAAUAUCUGGGUGCUUGGAGUUCACUCUGAUUUUAACAAGCCCAUCAAUAAUAAAACAUUGUAUUGAUAGAGCAAGAUCUACUUCUGUAAAGUUGUUGCUCCACAGAAAAGCAGCAUAAAGAAGCUAGCUGGAUUAUUUGUAUGAUAUGUAGCUUUUUUAGGAUGUUUUGUUCUUUAUAUGGUGUUCAUUUCAAAUACAAGCGUGUGAACUUUGUGUUCCCUUUUAGGGGCUGGUUCUGGGGUAACAAGGAAACACAAGGCCUAAACACCUCUGGCUUGUCUGUCCAAGGAUCUGCCUCAAUUGUGGCUCCCAUCCUUCUGAAGAACUCUUCAGCACAAGGCAGGGUUCCUGGACGAGGUGACCCAGGACAGCUUCGUGCUGGGCCCGGGCUACGACCGCCCCUAGCAGCUGGAGCCCGCGGUGAGGGAGCCCAAGAGCAUCCAGCUGUACCAGCACCUCAGCCUCAAGAGCUGCAUCUGGACCUUCGACGCUUAUUACGACAUGACCGAGUUAAUUGAUGUCUGUGGGGGCUCUGUCACCGCUGACUUCCAGGUAAGGGACUCUGCCCAGUCCUUCCUGACAGUCCACGUCCCUCUCUCCGUGUCCUACAUCUGUGUGACGGCACCGAGGGGCUGGGCUUCCCUGGAGCACCGCACCGAGAUGGAGUUCUCCUUCUUCUACGACACCGUUCUCUGGAGGACAGGGAUCCAGACGGACAGCGUGCUCUCGGCCCGCCUGCAGAUAAUCCCCAUCUACACCCGCGAGGACGGACGGCUGGUCAGCGAGUUCAGGACGCAGGCCAAGUUCAGAGCGCUGUUUGUCACGGAGCACCACAGCCUGCCAGAUGUCAGGUCCUCUUUGAGAACUCCAGAGCACCUGGGAGGCAUCGAAUUUGACCUGCAGCUGCUGUGGAGUGCUCAGACUUUUGAUUCUCCCUACCAGCUCUGGAGAGCAACCAGCUCCUACAACAGGAAGGAUUACUCUGGAGAAUACACCAUGUUCCUGAUCCCCUGCACGGUGCAGCCCACGCAGCCGUGGGCAGAGCCUGGAGCCAAGCCCCUGCCCUGCACGGCUCACGCUCCCGAGCGGUUUUUGAUCCUGAUCACCUUCCAGCAGACAAGCCGCCCAGUUCCAGUUGUUUACUCCCAGAAUGCAAGAGUUUCAGAUCUGUAACGACGAGAAGGUUUUUCUAAUGGACCCCACCAAAUCGGAAAGGGCAGAUCCUGUACGGGCACGUGCUCUGGCACCCGGAACAAAACCUCAACGCUGCUUACAAGCUGCAGCUGGAGAAGGUCAACCUGUGCACAGGCAGGGAUGGCUACGUGCCCUUCCUCGACCCCACGGGUACCGUCUACAACGAGGGGCCCCGGUACGGCUGCAUCCAGCCCAACAAGUACCUGAAACACCGAUUCCUCCUCCUGGACCAAAACCAGCCAGAAGUGAGGGAUAAGUAUUUCCCCGAUGUGCCUUUUGACGCCCACUUUGCUUCCCAGCUGUCCGAGUUCCAC